GUUCGCGAAAAGUCGAGUGCGUUCGUCGGAACGAUUUUUCGGACACGUUCAUUUCGAAACUGGAGCUGCUGGGAACAGUACAGAUGGCUGUCGGGAAGAGUGUCCAAUUACUCAUCGUCAUCCUUUCUUCGACGUCCGUCAUUUCGCACUCUUACGUCGCCCAGGCUGCAGGUAGGAGACUGUUCGGCGGCUACAGGAUAGUGCCCAAGGUCUGUCAGCCCACGAUCCCGACCCGAGUGAAGUCCACCGAGCCAGCGAUAUGCAUGUUCAACUAUGAGUGUUCGCAACGGAACGGCCAGGUGGUCGGAGCCUGCAUGGACGGCUUCCUCUUCGGGGCCUGUUGCCAGCUGCCACCGAAAGCCUCCGGCUCGAGUAACCUGGGCCAGCUGGGCAACGAGUGGACGAAUCCGUUCGACGUGCACGAGAUCGACCACGUGCCGGACAUACCGAUCCUCUUGAACGCCGAUGGAACGCCACUGGGGAUGACAGUGCCCCAGGACAACACCGCGAAAACCGAGACUCCGGGUAAUCAGCUGACCGAGGAGACGUCGUACACCAAAAUCUCCACGUUCAAAGCACCGUCGACUACGAGCAGGCCUUCCAGCAUGGCGUACAUCAUGGACGCUAUACAGAAUGCUGAGAAGCCUCAGAUACCGCCUCAGCCGGACAUCAGUCACCUCGAAGAGGACUUCCCAGCUCUGCUGGGUCAGCAAAAUAUUCUGGACGACCUGUCACUGCCUGCGUUGCUGACCCACUCGGAGAACAACAACGACAUCCAAAACCAGCACGACGCGGCCAAUCUGAAUCCUGUGACCACGCUGCUCAGUCCUGAUCAGAUCCUCCAGAUUGCCGACCCUGUUGAUCAGCUGCCCGCGUUGUUCUCUCAGGGACUGGGUCCAAAUAAUCACAGCUCGGCGGACACGAUUCUCCUGAACGAGAAUGGAACGAUGUUGAACGAGACCUACAACCCUGACGACCUGUUCAAACCCAGCUUGGAGUCCAGCACCGAGUCGAGACGGGUGUCCGAGACCACUGAAAGGACCAAGGUGACGGAAUCUUUGCCAACCGUCACGAAGAAGAAGCCGUUUAUCGGGUCCACUUAUCACAGCAGCUUCGGGACUCAGUGGAUCAAGUAUCCCGAGCAAUCUUCGUUCUUCAACACUGACCAUAGGUUCGGCACGCCUUCCAUGACCAAAUCGCCGAUUGCGACAACGUAUAGCGUGCAGGAAACUACCACCAGUCCACCUAUGUUGGAGACAGACAUCUUCGAGAAGGUUAGCACCGUCGAGGAGAGGGUGUCCACGAAAGACGUGCAGGCUACUGGGACUGGGAACGAGAGGACUACCACGCCGAUGACAACGUUGAGCGAUAAGGACGACGAAUUAAUUAGAGUGCCCACUAUUACGUACGACACCCCGUCAGGUAACAAGAAGGACGACGCGGUGGACAAGGAAGAGCUGGCGAUCAAUCACAUCAUUUCUAUCCUGAACAACACGAAGCCAGGCUCCGGGACGACUAUACAGACCCCUAACUCGUCCAUCAACAAGUGGGUCAGCAUCGACGAGACCUCGAAGCCCUCUCUCGUCAAGAUCUCCACGACCAAGGCGUCCACGCCUGGACCAAUCGCUACCCAGACCUUCCCCUACGUGUUCUACAAGCCUCUGCCCACGUCGAAUUACUAUAACUACGAGACUGUCCCGACGGAAACGACCUAUCCUACCUACCCGACGACCUACAGUCACUCUUCAAGGCCGUCGACGCAGGCCAGCAGCUUUGGAUACACUCGCAACACCACUGCCAACCCUCCGGCUCCCACGGUGAUCGUUCUAGGACCCCUCGGAACGGAACUAUCAACAGAGACCACGCAGAAGUUGGUCACGAAGAAGCCUGAGAUUCCUAGGCCCACAUCGACGAUCGUCAGGCCCACUUCAACGAUCGCCAGACCCACGGCCGGAUCUCUGAGGCCCGGUCCUAUCACCACGAAGAAGCCCAGCGUCUCUACCACGAUCACUCAUAACAUCAGCACCGUGAUCUCGAACGUGGCCACAAACAACGUCGUCUCGACGAGCUUCUUCAGCGUGAAUCUGAAGGACGGGACCACAUCGAAGCCUACCGUUAGCAAUAAUUAUAGCACGGAGCCUGUGAUUGCCGAAGAGCCGCAAACCUCUACCAAACCCCCCACCAGAAGGCCUACCAUUUGGACCACGUUCGCACCAUGGUCGGAUAAGCCUAGUUUCUAUCUGAAACCAUCGACGCCGUCGUUAGAAUUCUCCGAGGAGAACCUGACGCCGGUAGACACCCUGAUCAUCAAGGACACCAGCGUCUCCACCACCCUGACUAUCAAGACCACGACGCCGUCACCUCAGUGCGAGGACGACACGCCGGCUCCGGAUGACCUGAUCAAUUUCCCACCGGUCAGGAACCCCAACUUGAACAUCUCUACGCCGAUUUCCCAGCAGGAGAAGCCGACUAUCGUCGAGACCUUUAACAACACCGGCUACCCUGACAUUGAGAUACUCGGGGAGAACGACAUCCCGACUCCCAUGUUCAUCGAGGACGACGUGCUGACGAACAAGGUGGACACGUUCGUGAAUAAGAUCGUGCAGAGUCUGCAGGGCAACUUCCAGGAACUCAAAGACGUCGUCUACAAUCGCGCGAACGCCACCACGCUGGCACCAGCCACGCCCACGAAGAGGCCAGCCAGCACCACGAAGAAACCCGUAAGGAGACCCGCGACGACCACCAAGCCUUUAUCGAGUACGACGAGAAGACCGGUCACCACGAAGAGACCCGCCAGUCGUCCGACUUCGGCGAAGCCGGCGGCAACGGAGAAGCCUGCUCGACCUUCAAGGCCCACAACUUUCAAGCCGAAACCGACCACAGUGACCAGCGUCACCACGAAGAAGCCUUCAGUAACGACCAAACGAAGCAGACCAACCAGAAGACCCAUCACCACGGUGGCUACCAGCACGGAGGCUGUGGUCCUUGAAGAGGAGGAGACUAGCCCUGCGACUGCUGCCGAGACUACCACCGUGGCCCAGACAACGUCUUCUAAUGAUCUACGAUCGCAGUGUGGAAUUAGGCCACUGGCGAGGGAAGGCAAGAUCGUCGGAGGCAAAAGCUCCUACUUCGGCAAGUGGCCUUGGCAGGUCUUGAUCCGCGAAGCGACCUGGCUGGGCCUGUUCACGAAGAACAAGUGCGGGGGCGUGCUGAUCACAGAAAAAUACGUGGUGACCGCCGCUCACUGUCAACCAGGGUUCCUGGCAACCCUGGUGGCAGUCUUCGGAGAAUACGACCUCUCCGGCGAACUGGAGGACAAACGCAGCGUGACGAGAAACGUUCGACGCGUGAUCGUGAACAGGGGCUACGAUCCCGCGACCUUCGAGAAUGAUUUAGCCCUUCUGGAACUGGAGUCGCCGGUGGUCUUCGACGACCAUAUCGUUCCCAUCUGUAUGCCGGAGGAGGGAAUCGAUUUUACUGGCAGAAUGGCUACUGUUACUGGCUGGGGCCGACUGAAGUACAAUGGCGGAGUACCGUCGACCCUUCAAGAAGUUCAGGUGCCGAUCAUAAAGAACUCCGUCUGCCAGGAGAUGUUCCAGACAGCGGGUCACUCGAAGCUGAUCCUGGACAGCUUCCUUUGCGCAGGCUACGCCACUGGUCAGAAGGACUCCUGCGAGGGUGACAGCGGCGGCCCGCUGGUGAUGCAGCGGUCGGACGGAAGAUGGUUCCUGGUCGGCACGGUGUCCCAUGGAAUCAAGUGCGCCGCGCCCUAUCUGCCGGGUGUCUACAUGAGGACCACCUUCUUCAAGCCGUGGCUACAGGGCGUCACCGGGACCAGGGGCCUGGGUAACUGAGCCCCUCCUAACCGAACUCGUCCGGCACCGACGACUCCGUGCCGGCUUGUAUAAAUGUACAAAGGAAGACUAAUUUAUUUCGUCCGGGAUCGAUCGAGAAUCGCCGAUCGUGGGACUGGAAGCUAGUUCGUUCGACUGUAACCGUCUACGUUGACCUGCACGAGCGAAAGAACUACUCUGUGCCGAAGCUCAUCGAUCGUGUCGUGUGCUCCGUGUACGUGUCCCUGGGCACGCGUGUGCCAGGCGAGCUUUGCAUCUGAAUGAAAGAUCUCGAGAUCUCGUGGGCGUAAUUACACUAAUUUGUUAACGGAGCAACGAGCCGGCCCGCCCCGCCCCAGUUCUCGGGCUCAGGAGAGGCGGGGCUCGUUCAUGUAAGCGAAAAGUUCAAACGGCGAACGACGGACUACCGAAAAAACGACAAUGAUCAUGCGCUGGUAACACGCUGCGGUCCACUAGAGUAAUUUUGUUUCAGCCGACCGGAGCCUCGAAAUGAUGCGGAUUUUAAUUGAUGCAGUUAAGAGCAACAGCGAACGCGCAUACGAUAAUUUAAAAGAAAAAUAAAUUUAUAUUCGAUGUGUUCGUCUAUAGAAUAGACAAAGGAAACAAAAUAUAUAUUAUUCAGUACAAUGUUUUCCAAAGAGAUUUUAACAAUUGUAAUAUCAUCAUUAUUUUGAUGCAUGCAAUUUUUGUUACGUUUCAAUUUCUUGUAGAAUUAAUGCUUCAAUUAUAAGCCUUUCGCAAUAGUUUGGAAUAAUUGAGUACCAUUGUUCCUGCAUUAUAUUCGUUUGCUAGUUCGCCCAGACCUUUUUGAUAGGGUUUAAAACUGGGCUGCAUCAAAAUAAUUAUAACAUUACGAUCGCUAGAAAUUUUUUUAGAAAGUUAAAAUAUCGUACUUAAUACUGUGUAUUUUAUUUUGUUAUCUUCUACAUGCAAAGAUGGAACAAACAAUUAUUUACGUAUAAAUUUUGUAUGCGUGUUCAGUUUUGCUUUUAAAUGUACAGUCGCGUCGCUCGCCAUUUCAACCCCUCAAUUUUGGCAGAGUGUCGAGAGUACUAUAUGUAUACAAUCACGUGUUGCGAGCCUUAUUUAUUUCGUUGUUAGCUGUUAUUUAUUAAACCCAUUUUUAUACAAGAUAA